UUAAUUCAUCUGUUGAAACCACAGCUGUGCCCCUCUCACCCUCUUCAUAAUGACAGUCAAAGAUGCCAAUUUUCUGCACCCAUCGGUUACAAAUUGGAAAAAACCACCCACAAUUAAGUAUCUCUUUCAUUCUAUUAAAUUUCCAAGGCUUCUAGCGAGCUUGUGUUUCUUUCUGCAAAGCCUGAAGAUGAAGCGUUACGCAGCGCCUGCAGCAGCACCAUCACCAGUGGAGAACAAUGACAAGAUCGAGAAACCAUUAGCACCAGCGUCUCCUCCUCCCAAGCUUGAAAGAAAAAAUUCCCUUGAGGAAGAACCAAAAACUUUACUUCAGGAGGAAAUGGAUAAUGCCAGGGAGGCAGCCCUCAAAAUCAUCAAUUCCCACACCAAGGAGGAAGCUCUGAAAAUAUUCCUGACGGGUUUGGUGCCAGUGGAAACAACCUCAAAGCAGGUGAAAAAGGAUGUUGUCGUGUCUGACUGUGAUGACUACGAGUGAAACAUUGUUCCAUUGGAAUAUGCUAUGAUGGUGCUGGAAAUGUUAAGGAGUGCUUAUUUCUGUGUUUUCUCUGGUUUAGUACUUUUGUUAUUGUUGUUUAAAUUAUCAAACAGUUCAUUUCCUUCAGUUGAGAAUGUUAUUGUCCUGUUAUUCUGAACUAUUCAAAUUUCGCAUUUGACUUAUUUGGUUUUGCUUCA